AUGGCCACCUUAAGUGAACAGGUUGGUGCUAUCAAGACUAUUGUGGAAAAAUUUUUGAAUGACCCGAUAUACCUGAAACCGAAUACUAUCAAUCAGUUAGAUGGCUUUGUAAACACAGACCAUUUACCCAUUGAUCUGUCUCAAACGAAUCUACAAUUAGCUAUCAGCGCCAAUGAAGCCAUAAUAGAUAAUCUGCGUUUCGAAGAUGAUGAAUUACGACGGAACUGUGAGCAGCUAUCACAAAAACUCAAGCAAUGUGUGGCUCAACGCGAUGCACAAUUGUUAGAAAAGGAAACUACUAAAAAAGGACACCAAUUGAGAUUAAGAGCUGCUAAGGCGAAACUGUCGGUCUAUGAAAAAUUCAUGAAGACGAAGUUCACCAUCAAUAAAGAUUCAGUUACAGCUUUUAUUUUUAACCCAGAUAGCAUGGUGCAGUUGAAUCUCUCAGAAGCCCUGACAAAUACCGAUACUUGUCAAAUGAUUGAUCCACUCGAAAAGAAUGUGACGAAACCUGUAUUGAGUGAUAAUGAGAUCAAACAAAUGAAAAGUUUGUGGGAUCGUAUGGAGGUCUCUGAAAAAUGGAAGCACUUAAUCGACCGAGGAUAA